CCCUCUUUCUGAAGUUGGCUGAGAGAUGCGGCCGGUGCAACUGGACAUGCUGGCGGAGAUGGAAGACCAGGGCUCGACGAUGGCGAUGGACGUUGACGAAGCCGAUGCCAUGGAGAUAUUCGGCGAAGGAAUUUUUUCCGCGGAGAGCAAGCUCGCCGACGCCGAUUUCUUCAACGCCUUCGAGGAUGAUUUCGACGACACCGACAUCAAUUGAUCCGCCUCCUUUUUCCUCCUGCAAGUGAUGUAUCUCCAUCUCUUAGGGUUUCUAUUUUACUUGGGGGUAUCUUUCCUUUGAGCUGCGAAUGCCUAUGCAAGUAUCGAGGAACGGGGAUGAGUGUAUUUGUGAUUCUUCGUUUCUGAUGUUUGUUAAUCUACUACAACUUAUGUUCAUCCAUCUUCUCUGUUGAUUGCGUCUAUGGUGGGGUUUUUUUUGUUUUCGUUGGUACUGCUUGGAAUUGGAAACUCCGAGAUGCUGUUAGCUUCAAGAUGAAUUUGCUGGUUUUAUC